UUCAAAAUUCAAAAACUUAGCUUUAAGAAUUUCUCAAAACCCUUUUGUUCUCGAAUUUCUCACACGGUUAAUACAACAAUGGGCUUUCGUUUACCCGGUAUCAGAAGGACUUCAUCUGGCAGAAAUCAAGCAUCUUCAAAAGUGUUGGAUGCGCCAAAGGGAUACCUUGCAGUCUAUGUGGGAGAGAAUAUGAAACGAUUUGUGAUUCCUGUAUCACACCUGAACCAACCUUUAUUCCAAGACUUGUUGAGUCAAGCUGAGGAAGAAUUUGGAUAUGAUCAUCCCAUGGGUGGCCUCACAAUUCCUUGCAGCGAAUAUGUCUUCCAACAUAUUACUUCUUGUUUGAAUGGACAAUAGAUCUCAUUUUUUGAGGCUGACAUAGAU